AUGAAAAGGAAGGGGGUAGAAAAUCAAAUAGUUGUAAUAACUGGAGGGGCCUCUGGAAUUGGGAGAAGAGUAGCCCAAAUUUUGGCAGUUGACGAGAAAGCAACAGUGGUCAUUCUGGAUGUGAACAAGGUAAGUAGAAAUACGUAUUUUAGUAAUUUGAAAAUUAUAUCUUCAAUACGAAAAAAGGUGUCAAACAUACCUUGCCGGUUUCACUGGACAUAAAAGGCGAAAAAAUGAGGGCUAAGUUUUGUCGACAGAAAACGGCACAAGCAUUUAUAAUUCAUUGAUUACUGUAUGCCGUUCGAAGCUCUUGCAUGCCCAUUUUUCAGGACGCUGGAGACGCCACAGUACAAGAAAUCACUUCAAACAAGGGGAAAGCGGUUUUUUAUAAAUGUAACGUUGGAAAUUGGGAGGAUGUAAACGAAUGCGCCAAGAAAAUCUUGCAAGAUCACGGUAAAUCCCUAAUCCAAGUUUAAUUAUAAGACACAGAAAACAUCGUAGCGUUCUUUCCAAUUUCAGGACCAGCUGAUAUUGUUGUUUGCAAUGCCGCGAUCGCCCAGUUUGGUCAUUUUCUGAAUUUCUCUGACAAUGACAUGAGACGAGUGUACGACGUUAACGUUUUUGGUGUUAUGAAUGUAAGCAGGCUUUAUCGAAUCAAUUACGAACGUCUUAGACGAUUAGAGCCUUCCUGCCUCAAUUCGAAGCCAAUAACAAAGGCCAUAUUGUGGCAAUGUCAUCAAUUGCCGGCCACUUUGGCGAAACUUAUGGAGCGGCGUAUUGGUAGGUCGCUUAAAACGAUUUUUUCGGCUAAAGCGACCAAAAAAUGGAUAUUCGAAAAUUUUCAGUCCAACAAAAUUCGCGGUUCGCGGUCUUAUGGAGUCGUUACAAAUGGAGUUCCGCGAUCGUGGGCUGACUGGAAUCAAAACGACAACUUUAUUCCCUUAUUUCACCGAUACUCCGUUAGUCCAAAGUUGCACUCCGAAAUCAACGUGAGCAAUUUUCCAGCCUUUUUGUUGUUCUACAUCCAAUCUUAGAUUCAUUUCAUGCAUGAAAGUGGAGUAUUGCGCUCGUGUAACAGUUGAGUCAAUUCUGAAAGAACGGGUGAUAAGCUACAUCCCCAGGUGGAUUUUCUUCAUGGGAGUGGUGAAAGGGUAAGGAAAUUUCGAAAAUGUGGCUUUCAAACUAUUGGCUUUCAAAUACUUGAUGUAACAAUUAAAAAUAAGAACGUUGCAAAAUUGGUUGACUAACCAGCCAAGGGGGUUACUCCGUGUUCACACCGGAGGAUCGGUCGCUCAUGACCAAGCACGCGACCAAUGUCGUGACCGAAGUCAAGGAGGCUGUCUAA